AUGGCCACCACUAAACCCCACACUGCUCGAUCAGUACUCGAUUCAUUCUACGACGCUGAGCGCAUUUACAUGGCCGCACCGCCUGAAGAGCGCGACUUUAGUGGCAUGGCUGCAGCUCUCUCUAAAGAGGUUAUCCUCAAACAAUCAUCAGGACUGCCCUACGCUGGCAUCUACACGGGUCCCGAGGGCUUUCAGAAAUGGGCACAGGACAUGGCCGACUAUUUUGACAAGGUCGAUGUUCAGAACCCGGAGAUCUUCGAAAAAGAGGGUUCCAAUCGCAUCAUAUCGCUCAGUUAUCUGCAUAUGAGGGUUCGCAAGACUGGCGAGGAGUUGAAGUAUCCUCUGUGUCAGGUUAUCCAGGUUGAUCUGGAGGCCGGCGUCAUUAAGAGUAUUAUGCCGUUCUAUUGGGAUGUCUAUGCGUUGAACAAGGCUAUUGGAUAUACCCCAGAACUUUAA